AUGGCAAACGAGAAAGACAACAAGAUGGAAAAACACAUGGACACGGAGCAGAAAGUCCAAAAAAGAAUAAUUUUUGCUUUUGGUAUGAUUGGCUUCCUGGUAGACUUCUUCUUCAGUAUUUACCAAAGUGCCGCUCAAGACAUCUUUGAAGCAACUAACAUCCCUACGCCAUGGAUUACUCUUUCUAUUGCUGCUCCAGCCUGUCUCGUAACAUUCAUUUAUCCUUACGUUUUUCAAAGGGUUCCAGUUUCUGUGGCAUGUUUUGUACUUUUUAUCGCCUCUGUCGCUGGAAUAUUGCUCACAUCACUUGCUCAAGACCUGAGAGUAAGAUUAUCUGGUGUGUGUUUGGUUUCAUUUGGAAUAGGCAGCAUGGAAGCAGUUUUUCUUUCUCUAUCGUCCGUUUACGGAGGACAGACAGUACAUAGCUACAGUAUGGGUUCAGCCCUUUCGUUUGUAGCAGGACCUCUGUCGUACGCAGGUAGGUAAUUUAUAAGAGACCUUUAAUUUCUAAGACGAAGACGACUAUGAAGAAAAGUGCGCGGGAGAGAAUGUCGUAGUAGCUAGCGGAAGUAUCAAAUGUUACAUGUCUUAUCAUUUUGCAGAGAAGGCUUAGCUUAUACUCAUUCAAGAAAUAACUGUGCUGACGUUUCUGAUGAAAAAAGGGAAAAUUUUAAAAGCUUUCCGAGAUGUCUACUUGUUUUUAGAAUUAUAAGCGAAAAAUAUAAAAGCUAAAUCUCAUCCCCGUAGUUGUCCUGGUCCUCGAAACUAAAGAUCUCUGCCCUAAAAGGUUACCUAGCCCAACAUGAUAAGACAAAGAUUUAGUUAAGCUUAAAAGGGGAUCUUUUUUAAAUACCACAACAUGCUGAUUUUUUCGUUAAACACGCUGCUGAAAUCUAUCCAUGCAUUCAGAUUGCUGGUUUGACUUGCAGAAUUUCUAGUUUGUGACUGAAACAAAGCUGUUGGUCAGAUAUUAUCGAGAUCUACUGAUUUCCAAAAAUUAAUGAAAUACUUGUGUUUCUCUUUAAACAAGAGGCGAUCGAACUAGUGUCCCGUCACAACCACCAAAACAGUAACCGGCGAUCGAUUGAAUAUUGGAUAUUUUCUAAAUGAAAGACUAUCAAUCCUUCACUUGGUUCAAUUCCACAAGUUUGUUUUUUACCUACAUGUACAGAAAACGUUAUCUCACAUCUCCCUCACGCGCACGCAGAAAUAUAAGUGGGAAAGAACUCUGCUUGUUUACGGCUGUAACCCUGUGAUAGUCUGAAACUACUACCUAAUAGGUUAAGGAGUGCUGCCUACGUGUCAAUGAAACAAAUUGAUUGAAAAUCGUGUAUCAAGACAUACCUAAUAAGGUAUAUAAAGGCAAUGGGCGGGCAAAGAAUUGUGGAAAAAAUCCGUUGCAUUGUGGUUAAAAAAUCCAGAUGCAUUGUGGUGGCGAAAAUUUUUGUCCCUGUGUGGAUUAGGUCUGCUGUCUUGCACGCUCGCUUCAGGCUUGCUCCCGCUGCAGCAAAUAUCCACAUAUAUUGCACUUUAGAAACAGGAAAACCCUAAUUUCAAUCCGUUUCAAUCUUCUUCAGUGUUACCCAUCCGUGGCAUCUGUUGUAUCUGUUGUGUUACUUUAACCUUCCUUUAAUGUUUUUUGUGUUUAUUUUUACGUUUCUCUUAAUUUAACGGGCAUUUUGUAUUACCUAAUUUGGCUGAAUUUCGUGACACAGCUCCUUUAAUUUACUUACAACAUUUCCUAAUGAUUGACAGGUCUUACCAUGUUCGCUUGUUGGUCUCCAGAUUUUUCGUUUCUUAUCCUCACAGCAUUAUGGAUCUUCUUGCCCAUUUCAUACCUUCUUUUAAAUGGGUGCAGCAACAGCCAAAGCCCCACGUCAUACAAAGAGGUUCCUUACAUCCCACUCCAAUCUGAUGCGACUCAACAACCCGGCGUGUCAAAAUUAUCGUUCAACGACAUGUUAGUUCUCACAUGGAAGACACAAGAGCAGUUUAUCCCACUGUUUGUGGGUAUAUUCUGCAAGACUUUGUUAAUCGGUGGCGUUGUAACAACCAUAGCUUUUUCUAACAUCCCCAUCACCCCAAGGAAUCAAUAUUUGUUAUAUACAUUGGCAUCUGGGAUUGGUGACCUUCUUAGCAGGCCAUACUUCGUAUAUCUGUCUCUUUGUGCCAUUGGAGACAAGUUUGUUGUAAAGAAAACAUGGGUUCCUGCAUUACUUACUGUUUUUAUAACAAUGUUCAUGGUGUGCGACUCCUGGUUUCGACUGAUACCUGAAUUUUCUUUCGCUCUCGUGUUGGUCGUGUUCAACACCUUCCUUCAGGGUAUCGUAUAUGUCAACAGUUUCCUGAAUGCAGGGGAGGGUCUUAGUGUAGAGGAAAAAAGAUUUUGUCGGGCAUUGAUAGCUAGUGCUAUAUGGCUACCAAACGUGGUUGGAGGACUAAUAGGCUUGGAUACAGAAAUUCAACUCCGACAACAUUGUCUGCUGUUUCAUACUGAGGCUGUUUGUUAUACGAGGUCACAUACUGUAUGGAACCCCAAUGUCUCAUGUGUAAUUUAA